ACGAUAGAGAUCUGAUCCUUUAAAACCAGCUAGUGAGUCGAUGUCUAUUUAUUAUUAGAAUAUAGUCGAUGUCUAUUUUCUAUGUGUUCAAUUAUUUUUUAAGACUUCUUUUCCAUUUCCGUUGUUCUUUCAAGAAUUGUUUCCACUUCUAUUGUGAAUGAAUAAAGCUUAUAUCAGUCUCAUUAUAUUAUUCGCUUGAAAGAAUACUUCUCUUUAGCAUCAUUCGUAGAGAAAGAAAAACAACACUUCUACAAGUUUUGUUCAGAAAACGGUAUCGUUUAAAUCAAACGAAGACAAAAGCGGUUGUGAAUAGACACUUCUUCUUCACAAACAUAUCAUACUCGCGUUUAUGGAAUCGAAUUCGUCAACAAUAUCAACAGAAUCAUGGUUCAUUCCAACAGACAUUUUCCUUAUUACAUCAUGCGUUGUAUCUAUUCUUCUGUCAAUGUUAUGUCUUAUAAUACUAUUAGUUAAUCGUCAGUUACAUGUAAUAUUAAAUUUACUUGUAUUUCAUUCUUGUUUAUGUCAGUUCAUAUUUGGUUUAGUCAUGUUGGGAGUAGCAUGUUAUAUGUACUAUAGUGAUAUGCACAAACUAACCUAUCCAACGCCAUUAUGCGCUUUUCGUGGCUAUUUCGGUUAUUCAACAGCGGCUUCACAAUAUUGGUCAUGUUUAAUACAAGCAAUUUAUCGUUAUAUGUGUGUGGUAUAUAACAAUAAGAGACAACAUAAGUCCUAUAUGUUACAAAUCUAUUUUAUUAUCGUGCAAUGGAUCUAUUGUAUUUUAUUUCCAUUACCAUUACUAUUGAUACCAAACACAAUCACAUAUAAUUCAUCAAAUCAAAUGUGUCAAGUAGCAAUAUUCUAUAAUUUACCAAUGAUGUAUAUAGCUACUUGUGUUUAUUUAAUACCAUGUGGAUCAAUUAGUAUUAUCUAUUAUAGACUAGUUAGAUAUGUUAAUCAAAUUGCACAACAGCAACACCAACAUCAGUCAACAAAUAUAUCAUUAUUUCAAGCAAGAAGACAAUUAGGACUGUUGAAACGUGUCAUUUUGCUGUGUGUUUCGACUGAUGAAAAUAUGACCGAUGCGUGCCAAUGGGAACAAAUAAUAUCAAGACGAUUACCAAGAUUAAAAACAGUAAUUUUACAUAUUAAUGUACUAAGUCGUUUUGCAUCAAAUGAUCAUUUUCUUCUACACAAAGAAGAAAAGAGACAAGAAGGUUUUGGUCGUGGCUUACAUGGAAUGACUGUUAUUUCCUUUAUAAGUAUCGUAGUAUUCUUAUCGCCAUUACGAAGUUUUAAAUUUAAGGGAAUUAGUACACACAGCACGUCAAAAAUAUAUUCAUAUUUGUCCAAAAUUCUAUUCUUCGUUCUUAUCGUAAUGCUAUUACCAUUGCCAUCAAAUAAUGAUGACAAUGAUUCAAAUAUCAUUGAUUUAUUGUAUCAUUUAUGUAAAGAAAAUGACAUAGAAAAAGUUCGAAAUAUUUUACCAUUUAUUGGCAAUAUAAAUAUUAUAAAUAAAAUUCAAAAUUCAACUGGAUCAACAUGUUUGCAUGUGGCAUGUUAUUAUGGACAUCGAUAUAUGGUACAAAUUUUAUUAGAAUAUGGGGCUGUACAUUCCAUAAGAAAUUUACGACACAAUUUAACGCCUUAUGAAGAAACUUAUAUAGAUGAUAUAAAACAAUUGUUUGUAGAACAACGAAAAUCAUUUUCAAAUAAUGAUUAUGAUUAUAUUGAAUGGUCAAUGGUAGGUGAUGAUCUCCUUGGAAAACGACGCGAAUUCCGUCAAGCUAUUGAUUUAUACAAAACCUAUGACAAUCAUCAUGUAGUAUCAAAAUUAUUAGCUGAAGUUAUUCAUUAUUAUUUAAAUGAAUAUCUGAUAAAUCAAAGUUUAUGUUAUCGUGGUAUGAAAAUAACACAAAAUGAUCUAGAUCAAUAUCAAUUAAAUCAACAUAUAUUAAAUCGUUCAUUUUUAUCAACAUCUAUUGAUCGUCGAGUAGCUGAAAUGUUUGCUGGUGAAGGUCAACAAUCCAAAAUGAGAUAUACUCCUGGAGAACAUUGUGCGUUACAAUAUUCAUGUUUAUGUCAAUAUUUAAUAAAACAAAAUUCAACAGCUAUCAAUAUACAAAGUUUAUCAACGAGACCGGAUGAAAAAGAAAUUUUAAUUAUUCCAUUUACCGUUUUUAAAGUAAUGACAAUUAAACGGAAUCAUCUUUAUGAUACAACAGCAUCAAUUUCAAUUGAAAUUGAAUUAGAAGAAUGUGAAGAUCCAAAUGAUAAUAAAAAUGAAUCAGAAAGUAGUGAAACAUCUAGAACAUCUUCAUUUUCAUCAUCUGUUGAUGAUAUAAAAGAUGUCGAAGAAUAUCAAAACUUUAAACAACGAAAACGUCUUCAUUAUGGCAUCAUUGGAUUUUUGGUGUUAGCUAUUCUUUUGGCUUUAAGUUUUACAUUCCUUUAUAUUUUUGUUAUUAAAAAACAGACUACAAACAUGGCAACGUCUACACCAGAAAAAGAUAAUGAUGUCGACUAUCAAUUACCACUAGGUUGUCCCAAUAUAUUAAAUCGAUCUAGCUGGAAUGCAAGUCUAUAUACAAGUCGUGAUAAUUUAACAACAUUACUGGUUACACAUAUUGUUGUACACCAAUUAGAAGAUUUGAAUUCAACUAUGAAUCAACAAGAUUGUAUUAAAAAAAUAAAAGAACUUCAAGGUGAACACAUGACUCCAUUGGGUUGGUCUGAUAUUGGUUAUAAUUUUAUUCUGUGUAAUGAUAAUGAUGAUGAUCAACAACAAAUUUAUACAGGUAGAGGAUGGAAACAUAUUGCUGCACAUUGUAAAGGUUAUAAUUCAAGAUCAUUGGGUAUUGGUAUUAUGGGCAAUUAUACCGAUAUUAAAUCUUUGAACGCAUUUAAAUCAUUAAUUCAAUGUGGUAUUAUAAAGAACAAUAUUGUAAAAAAUUUUACCCUGGUUGGACAUAAACAUACAACAGAUAUUUAUGAAUAUUAUUUGAAAUAUUUUAGAAAUGUUAUCGAUCUUCAAUAUAGCAAUCAAGCCAGCAGCACACAGAAAAAGCAAGAUAAAGAUUCAACCAGAAAGGAGCAAGAUAAAGAUUCUUUCUUUACAAAACAAUUUGAUAAUUGGGACCAUUUUGAACAAGAUUUUAAAAGUUGGUGUAAUAAUUACUAUCAACCAGUGAAUAUUAAACGCUCGUCGAUGAAAUACAAUGAGAAAACCAUGAAAGACUUAUUUGAUCGUUUUCGAUAUGAAAAUGUAAAAUAUAUACAACAUGAUAAGGAAAUUAAUAAACUUAUUUUUAUGAAGAAUAACAACUUAGCUCACACUCAUCCGAAAGAUGAGAAAAUUUACAAGAAUUAUUCAUUUAUCAGAAAUAAAGAAUUAGAAGAAAAUAGUCAAGCAUACGAUUUAUGUAAAACGUUAAUCACUGCAAAUGCUUCAACAUAUAAUAAUCGAAAAUUAAUAGAUGAAAAAUUUAAUAUUAUUUUAACAAGAAAAGAUAUAAAUAACUUAAAACAAAAAAUAAAAUUUAACUUAGUUGGGAAUCAAAGUGAUCCAGAAUUAUUACAAACAUGGGUUGAUCAAAUUUUAAAUGACAACCCGAGCAAUUCAGUUCAGAUUAAAGUUAAUGAAAAUCGUAAUUUAGAAUGUUUAUGUAUUCAGACUUCUCAAAUGAAAGCAUGGUUUGAAAAAUAUCCUAAUAUAGUACAUAUAGAUUCAACGGUUAAAGUUAAUAUUGAAAAUUAUCAAUUAUAUAUAUGUUUAGUACAAAAUGCAAAUUUAAAAGGCGUACCUUUCGCUUAUUGCUUAAUGAUCAGUGGAAUUAAAGAUAAUUUAGAAUUUUUUUAUUCAACAAUGGGUAAAUAUAAUGAUUUAACACAAACACAAGUUGUUAUGGUUGAUAAAGAUUUAACUAAUGUUGAUGUUUUACAACAUUAUUUUAAUAAAGCACGAAUAUUAUUAUGCGUGUUCCAUGUUCUGAAAUAUUUAAAAAAUCAAAUUCAUGUGCUUAAAAUUCCAUUAACAAAUCGAAUGAAUAUUAUGAAAAAUAUUCGCCGAUUGCUGUAUGCUAAUGAUCAAAUGUGGGCUAUUUAUUUGAAAGAAAUUAAAAUUAAUUUGGAAGGAACUGAUUUCUACGAAUAUUUUGAAAAAAAUUGUCUCUCGUGCUGCGAAAUGUGGCAAACAAAAAAUCGUAAAAAUUUAUUUAAUUUUGAUACUGAUACUAAUAAUCACCUUGAACGAUUUAACCGAAAACGUAAAGAUCAUAUAUCAUUUAAAAUGCACAUAUCUGAAUGCGUUACAAAAUUAAUUUUACUUGUUGAAGAUCUUAAAGCCGAAGAAAUGAAUUUAAAUAUUAAUUUGAAACAGAAGAUUUAUAGUUCUGAAGAUUCAAUAUUACUUUAA